AACAGCCCACCUUGUGUCGCGACCAGCCCAACCCAGUUGCGCGCGUCAAACUCAUCAGGGCCCGAUCAAAAGGUUGGGACUUUUUUCUCUAUUACCUAGAACCUUGGACCUUCCGCAUUCAGAUUGUUAUUGUUAUUACUUAUCGCUACCUAUCUUCUGCGUUUAGUUUGUUAUCAGAUCGUUCAGUGCACACCCUUCUCAGUCGUCAUGGCACCUCACGGGAAUAACCUCUCCAAGGAUGAGAUUGCUCAGUUCAAGGAGGUGUUUGAGAUUUUUGACAAAGACGGCACAGGCGACAUUACCGCUGCCGAGCUGGGCGCCGUCAUGCGUGAACUCGGCCUCAACCCCUCCCCGGAGGAGCUCCAAGACAUUGUCAACGAGGCGGACCUCAACAAGGACGGCGUGAUCUCGUUUGAGGAGUUCCUGUCACUCAUGUCGAUGGGCGUCAAGGAGACGGACACGGAGCAGGAGCUGGUCAACGCCUUCAAGGUGUUUGACAAGGACGGGAGCGGGACCAUCAGCAGCGACGAGUUGAGGAAUGUGCUCAAGUCCCUGGGCGAGAACCUCACGGACGCGGAGCUGGACGAGAUGAUCAAGCUGGCGGAUAAGGAUGGGGAUGGGCAUAUUGAUUAUCAGGAGUUUGCGCAUAUUAUGAAAUAGGGGGGCUAAAAUGGGAGGGAGGAAAGGGG